AGUUAUGGCUCUGUUUUUUUCGUUCGCUUGCACGAGCUUAUUGCUGUAGGAUGGAAACAUUUAACAUCGAAUUUAAAUAUAUGAAUCACAUAGGUACCGCAAUAUUUUAUUAUUACUGUAAUGUGCCUAUUUCGGGAAAUCUGUUGAUUGCGUUCGGAAAUACAUACAAUCUAGCGAAAAUAAUAUUCCACUUACGAUUUUCUAUAAUCUGUAUUAUGAUAUUUUGUUGUAGUAGUAAGUAAGAUAAAUUAAAUUUUGUAUUAAAAUAAGAUAUGAAAUGGAAGUUAAUAUUUAUCCCAGUUAUAGUAAGGUCAAGGUUUUUAAACUUCACAUGAUAACAGACGUCAAUGUCAACAGUAGUUAACACUGAAAAAAUAAACCUGAAGUGAUAAAAAGAAUCACAAAUUACAAUGUCUGAUGUAAAUACCGACGAAGGGGACAUUAUGUAUGGACUAAAAACAGUUUUGGCACAAAUCGAAGGUGCUGUAGCCCGAAGAAGUAAGGAUCUUCCACAAGUCACACCAAAAUUAGUGGCUGUAUCUAAAAUUAAACCUGUGUCUUUAAUAAUACAAGCAUAUGAGGCUGGACAACGUCACUUUGGAGAAAACUAUGUUAAUGAAUUAGCUGAAAAGGCUCACAAUCCACAGAUAAUUGAGAAAUGUAAAGAAAUAAAAUGGCAUUUCAUUGGACACCUACAAACUAAUAAAAUUAACAAGUGUCUAGGGUCACCAGGGCUGUAUAUAGUAGAGACAGUGGCCUCAGAGAGAUUGGCAGAUAACCUCAAUAAACAGUGGGUGAAGAUUAGAAAAUCAGACGAAAAGUUGAACAUUAUGGUACAAGUUAAUACUAGUGCCGAAGAAGCUAAGAAUGGAGUAGAGCCAUCUCAAGCCACAAACCUUGUUGAGUAUGUCAUUAAAAAAUGUACUGAUCUAAACUUUAAAGGUUUGAUGACAAUAGGUCAGUAUGAUUAUGACACAUCACUUGGUCCUAAUCCAGACUUCUUAUCUCUGGUUAAGUGCAGACAAGAAGUUUCUGAAAAACUAAAUUUGGAUAUAAAUGAUGUGGAAUUAUCUAUGGGAAUGUCAACUGACUUUGAACAUGCUAUUGAAUUAGGGGCUACAACUGUUCGUGUAGGCUCUAAAAUAUUUGGAGCCAGACCACCGAAAAACUAGUAACAGUGUAUGAACAACAUAAAUAAAAAUAAAUAUGUAUUUUUCGAAUGUUAAAUAUAGAGGAGAAAUAAAAUGUU